AUAAUUCAUAAUAUCAGUGGUCAUUUAGUAUUUGAGAGGUAGCUACCGGUAUUAGACGUUAAAAAUCUGAGUACUCAAAAAAGUGAAGUGAAGUCAACAUAAAAGGGCGCUUAAUGUAUUAAUAAAUAAAAUGGAUUCAAAUACAAAUAUAAGAAGGCGGGUUUUGCCCUCCCCCGAUCCAAGAGCAGCUGAUCCUCUUUUACAACGCAGCCAGUCAAGCGAUGAGCAGAGCAAGGGCUUUCAACGUUUCUUUGUGAGACGCAACAAACUUCAUUGGUAUUGGGCUCCAGUUUUCCUUUCAUUUUGGGUGCUCUUGUAUUAUACAAUUGCCAUACCAGCCUUCCAUCGUCUACCCAAACCCCUCAACAUUAAAGAUGAAGCUAAAUAUCCCGAUUCGUUUAUAGCCGAACGUGCUGAGAUUAAUCUACAAAAGCUGGUUGAUUUGGGUCCACGUGUUGUGGGCAGCAGUGCCAAUGAACAGGGUGCCAUUAAAUACUUUAUGAGUUAUGUACAAAAGCUAAAAUCGGAAGCUAAAGACCUGUAUGACAUUGAAGCUGACGUUCAAAUUGCCUCCGGCAGUUAUUGCCACUGGCAAAUGGUGAAUAUGUAUCAAAGUAUUCAGAACUUUUUGAUAAAAAUUAGUCCCAAGGGUUAUAAUGGCACUUCGUAUUUGCUGGUAAACAGUCAUUAUGAUACCGUGCCCUUUGGUCCCGGAGCUGGCGAUGAUGGUGCUAUGGUGGCUAUUAUGUUGGAAACUAUUAGGGUAGUAUCACAAUCGAAUACACCUUUAAAGAAUCCGGUGGUGUUUUUAUUCAAUGGUGCCGAAGAAAAUCCUUUGCAGGCCUCUCAUGCCUUUAUAACUCAACAUAAAUGGGCGAAGAAUUGCAAGGCUUUAAUCAAUUUGGAUUCGGCUGGUAAUGGUGGUCGUGAAAUUUUGUUCCAGUCUGGACCUAAUCAUCCCUGGCUUAUGAGACAUUACCGACGAGCCGUGGUUCAUCCCUAUGCCUCUACCGUGGCCGAGGAAAUGUUCCAACGUCAUUUCAUUCCCUCUGAUACCGAUUUUCGUAUUUUCCGUGAUCACGGCAAAGUUCCUGGCCUCGAUAUGGCCCAUCAGUACAAUGGUUAUGUCUAUCAUACGCGUUUUGAUCGUCCUGAAAUUUUACCCCGGGGUACUCUACAAAAUACCGGUGACAAUGUUUUAGCUUUGGUGCGUGAAUUGGCCAAUGCACCGGAAUUGGAAGAUAGCCAGAAAUACUCUGAAGGUCAUACAAUCUUCUUCGAUGUAAUGGGUUCUUUCCUGGUUUUUUAUUCGGAAACUGAGGGCAUUAUACUCAAUGUUUUUGUGUCUUUGGCUGCCUUGGCCGCUUGUGGUUAUUCCUUCCAAAUGAUGGCCAAUAAUGCCGGUGUAAAAUUGGUGUACGUUUUGAAACGUUCCAUGUAUACAUUUUUGGUGCAAAUUAUUGCUGUUUUGGCUGCUGCUACUUUGUGUUUCUUUGUGGGCAUCUUUAUGGACUUGAUACAUUUGCCCAUGUCUUGGUUUUCAAAUUCCUGGUUAAUUUUGGGUCUUUACUUCUGCCCCUUGUUCUUUGGCUUUGCCAUAGUACCUGCUAUUUAUUUCCAUUUUACAGAAGAUGAUCGUUUUCCAAUUGGCCAUCGUGUACAGCUUUUGUUGCAUUGCCACUGCACGUUCUUGGCCAUGUUGACUUUGGUUAUGACCAUCUGUAAUAUACGUUCGGCCUUUAUGUUUAUGAUUACUUUAUUGUUCUAUACCUUGGGUUUGAUUAUUAAUUUGGCUACAAAAUUGCACAAUAAGCCCAUCCCUUGGUUAAUACCACACAUGAUUUGUGGCAUUCCACCAUUCCUGUUCUAUGCCUACGUAUCUCAUGGUUUCUUUGUUACCUUCAUACCCAUGACUGGACGUUUUGGUGCUGGCGUUAAUCCAGAUUUGAUUAUUUGUGCUUUCACAGUUGGUGUGGGCAUCCUAACCGGGGGUUUCAUGAUCCCAGCUCUUAACUUGUUCCAUAGAUCAAAGACCAUUAUCUGUUCUUUGUUGGCUGUAACCUUGGUUUGUUUGAUCUUGGCUGCUACCCCCUUGGGUUUCCCCUAUAGACCCGAAACUAAUGUGCAAAGAUUUUCGAUUAUACAUGCUCGCCGCACUUUCCGUGAUAUGAACAAUGAUGUGCGUCGUGUGGAAACCGGCUAUUUCAUGUUGCCUCAGGACAGACGUAUUUAUUCCGUUAAAAAUCAUGUUACCAAUAUGUCAUUGGCUCAGUCUAUUGUCGAUGACUGUGAUAAUGAAAUGUACUGUGGUUUGCCCUUGUAUAAUCAUAGAUGGGUUAAGGCUAGAACCUCCAGUGUCUGGAUACCUGCACCCAGUCCUACAUUCGAUUUAUUACCCUCGGUAAAAGUUGUGGCCAAGAAUCAAAUAAGUAAAACAAAAUUACGCUAUGAUAUGGAAUUAACUGGACCAGAUCAUAUGGGCAUUUUCUUAAGACCUUUGGACGAGGGUAAAAUUACAAAUUGGUCCUUCCACUGGACUCCAUUGCGCAUGGACUGGAAGCCUCCAUUCUUUAUCUAUUUCUCAUAUGGUAUAAAUGGUGAUCCCUUAAAAUUCUGGCUAGAGAUUGAGAGAAAAUCUGGAGACUGGAGCACUCCCGCAUUUGAAAUCGGCCUUACUGGUCAUUGGAAUCAUGAUGCAAGUAAACAAACACCAGAUUUCAAAAAAUUCUUGGCCAGUUUCCCCAAUUAUGUAGAAGCUACUGCUUGGCCAUCUUCCUAUGAUACCUAUUAUUAUUAGUUAUAUGCAAUAGGCUUAUACUUAAUAAUCCUUAAGAUCUAAUUGUUUUUAUUUGAAAAUUAAAUAAAUGUUUUGUAUAUGCACAAUGUGCCUUAAAUAAUAGUA